UAUUUAUUGAUUUCCGUCAAUUAUUGCUUUUACAGCGUUUCUCGUUGGAAGCCAUGAGGCACUCCCUAACGUUGACCGAUGUACUUUCAUGGAGUACUUUUGCGCUGCUCGAAAAUGCACCACGUUUUUCUAUAAAGGACUCCAAAAGGACCCCAGAGGAGACUGUUUUACUAAGUUCAACCAAAUGAAAGACUGUGUGGUGAAGGUGUUGAAGUAUUGUGCUGACUCACUGACACACAGCACCAUCAGAAGAAUUGUAGACCAGAAUUUUCGCAGCACAGAAUGCUCUGAAGGCCCCGCUCUAAUACCGUCUUCAUCAGCGGCAUCAUUGCCUUGUUCCAGCUCUUUCGUCACUAAAGCGAACGCCUGUGGGAGAACCUUCCGGCAAAUAUUUGUCGUGGACAAAUCGAAUUCCUCUCUUUGCGCGGAAGAAGCCGAGCGGAAAAAGUGUGUGAAGAAUUUGGUAGAUUCUGACUGCACCUUUUCCUCUGCUGACCAGGAAGUGUUGGACUUGGGCUUUGCUGACUACAAUCCUUUCUGCGCAAACAAUAGGGACCCUGGGGCGACCGGAAAUGAUCAGUGCUAUGGCGUGGAAGAGAUCAAUGGACACGCUGGCAUUAAUCCAACCGUUGGCUUUAAUACAGCCGCUAGCAUUAAACCUUGUGUAAUGCAGGCGCUUUUGUUAGUUUUCAUGUCCAUUUGUUCCUUUUUCGUCUUUUAAAGGGGUUUCCCUCUUCAUCAUUUUAUUCCAGUUUGUUAACAUUAUUAGACAAGUUUGAUAAGUUUUUGUAUCGGCGAGGCAUUUUGAAUAAAGUGUUAGCUUACCUU